AUUACAAAUGGUGACCAAAUCGAUCGAUAACAGCUAACGUGACGUAAACCUAUCUGUCAGGGUGUAUUCGUAAUAUUUACCCAUGGAAAAAUAUUGUGUUAAGUGUUAAGAACGCGAGACAAUCUCCCAAAAAUAACAAAUUUGUGAAACAGUGCUUACAAUCAUGUUUUUGUGUUAAAUGUGCAAGAUUCACGCAGGGGGCCUGUCUUUCAUGGUACGGCUGAAUGGUCUUGAUGAUGAAUAAUUCGAACGGCAACCAGAGUAGUACAGAGCAGAUCACCAUGGUGGUGGGUUCCCCUGGAGGCAUGUCGGUAGCAUCCGAUGAUGAUGAUAAUUGUCCCUCAUCACCUGGAUCUGGGUAUGAGGAGGGAUCUGAUCUGAUGGCAGCUGCCAUGGGAGACGAAGUCACAGCUCAACUUGCUGCUGCAGGACCUGUUGGUGUGGCUGCUGCUGCUGCUAUAGUCUCUUCAAAGAAAAGGAAACGACCCCACUCAUUUGAAACAAACCCUUCUAUACGAAAAAGACAGCAAAACAGACUGCUGAGGAAACUGAGGCAAACCAUCGACGAGUUCGCCACCAGAGUGGGCCAGCAGGCGAUCGUCCUCGUAGCCACCCCCGGCAAACCGAACACCAGCUACAAGGUGUUCGGCGCCAAACCGCUCGAGGACGUCAUAAAAAACCUACGCGGCAUGAUCAUGGAGGAGCUGGAGAACGCGCUCGCCCACCAGGCGCCGCCGCCCCUGCAGGAGGACCCGUCGCUGUUCGAGCUGCCGCCGCUGAUCAUCGACGGCAUCCCGACGCCCGUCGAGAAGAUGACGCAGGCGCAGCUGAGGGCGUUCAUCCCGCUGAUGCUGAAGUACUCGACGGGCAGGGGGAAGCCGGGGUGGGGCCGGGAGUCGACGCGGCCGCCCUGGUGGCCGAAGGAACUGCCGUGGGCGAACGUGAGGAUGGACGCGCGCAGCGAGGACGAGAAACAGAAGAUAUCCUGGACGCACGCUCUUAGACAGAUAGUCAUCAACUGCUACAAAUUCCACGGCAGAGAGGACCUCCUACCCGCCUUCACGGAGGAGGACGAGAAAGCGAACGCCGUAGCGACGGCGAACGCCAAUAUUACCACCCAGUAUACGCCAACUGUAUUGCACACCAUCACAAAUCCAGAUGGUACUGUUAGUAUCGUUCAAGUUGAUCCUAAUAACCCCAUUAUAACCUUACCAGAUGGCACUACUGCACAUGUACAGGGGAUGGCAACGGGCGAUGGGGGUCAGGUUCACGCCAUUCAGACAAUUACUGAUGGCGGAGCGGCCGGCGAAGUGGUCGAUCUCAAUUCGGUUACCGAAGCUACCCUAAAUUCUGAAGGUCAAAUCAUUUUGACUGCGGAAGAUGGCCAUGUUAGCGGAGUCAUCACAGUACCUGUCUCAGCCUCGAUGUACCAAACGAUGGUUGCCAAUAUACAACACCUCCACACGAAUAGCGAUGGGACCGUGUGUGUCACUCCCGUCGUACAAGUACCAAAGUAUUCCUUCAAGGUCGAACCUAACUCGGGGGAGAGUAUGGACACACUCACCGUUACGCCUGGCGGUCUAACCACGCACUCGAUGAUGAUCCAAGGUUCAGGAAAUGACGCGCCGCAGGUGCUUCAGGUCUUGUCCCUCAAAGACGCUACCGUCUUGCAGAAAGCCAUGCAAGGUAUCACAGAAGUGAAAGCAGAAGAGCCGAUAUUAAGUGACCAAUAGAUUUUAAGCUAGUCUUACGUUCAUACCUGUUUCAUAUACAGGGUGUUACAUGUCUAACACUCUGCAUGCGUGAGCAAUUUGGGCUGUUCGAAUGAAAUGGAUCUCGACUUAAUAAGCUAGACAGGUUGGAUCAUCGUACAAUAUUGAAGACUGACUUUAUAGGUCUGAUGAGAAAUUGAUUUAUUGGAUGCUCUAGAUGUUGCCAUCAGUUGUUAUUUCGUUUUAUUUGUUUUGUUUUAUUUUAUUUUAUUUUUAGCAGCACAAACAAAACACGUCAAUCCUAGGAAAACUGACUAAUCAAUUAAUAUACACAGGUGAUAGCCCGCAUGAUUUUAUUACGACUAGGGUAUCUACAGAGUAAUUCAAAUUUCCCGCCCCUGGCUUAUGACAGGAAAAGGAAAACUGCAAAUUUGGCAGAGGGGAUUUGAAUAACUUUGGCGGAAAUGACGUCAGAACAAAUAUAUUUCCACAUACAUACCAUUUUUCUUCCAUAUUAUGAGAGAAUAUAUUUAUUUAAACAGCUUACAUGGACUCUGAGGUUGGUUUUUAUAAAUCCAAACUGACGCCGCCCUAAUAAAAAUCUAGUCUGUCGGGUUUUAGUUUCACUAGGUUUAAUAUGAGAGUUCAGAGUGCCAUAGUUUUCAACGGAAUGAAGAUUUUUGGAUCAAAGUUGUUAAAAAAAAAUGUUCUUUCAGAAUAUGAGAAAAAAAUUGUAACUGUGUGGAAAAAUAUUUUUUCUGACGCUAUUUCCGCCAUUUUGAUAAGGGUUAAAAGAUGUUUCAAUGCGAAAUAUUUACCUUACACACAGCUAUUCAAAUUCCCUCUGUCAAAUUUGCAUUUGCACUUCAUCUUUUCUUGUUAUGAGCCAAGGGCGGGAAGUUUGAGUCACCCUGUACAUAAGAUCUUGAAGUGUUCUCGAGGGACAGGUGUUGAUGUUGAGACAUACAAAUUAUUUUUUCGCAAUAAUUCAGGAUCGGUUGAAUUUUUGGUAUUCAAAUUUGGUAUAUGGUUUCAUCUUCAAAUAUAUGGAUUUUUGAUCAAAAAAUAAUAUUUUUUACGAUAAAAUAGCCUAAUGAGUAAAACAAAUUAAUGCUCAUAGUUUGAUCUAGAAAGAUCUGAGUUUUUUUUGUUUAUGAUAAACUCCAAGAAUUUCCUUUCAGAAAAUGGAUCUAAAAUAUUCACUACUUAAUACGGUUUUUUCGAGUUUCCACCCCCAAAAAAUUGCGCAAUAUGAUAAUUUAUAAUAAAAAAGUGUUGGUUGCAUAAAGUGCAAUUCUUCGGAAAGAUGUAUUAUUAAAACAGAAGAUAUAAACUAUAGGGGGAGAUGAACUUCGCUUUCAAGUGGAUCAGUGAGUUGGUGAAAAGUAUCGAUGUCGAAAGUGAUGUCAUUUUUGGAAUGAUUGGGUUUCAAAGUUAUAUGCUAGGUGAUUCCAAUUUUAGUUUUGGUGCAUGUAAAUGCAAGAAAUGAUAAUUAAUAUCAUAUGUAAAGAAACUUUUUUUUUUUCGUUAUUGCAAUCGGCUUAUUCGAUUGAUUUUAUCAUAGAACAUGCUUCAUCACUCUGAGAUAUUCAACCUGAUUUAUGAUUUGUCAGUACAAGGAUGGGAGAAGAUUUAUGCUAAUUAUGAAUAUGCCAAUAAAAUCCGUACUCCAAUGUUGGUGACUGUCUACUAGAAAAAUUGAGCAAAUUUCCUAAUUUAAAAGACAGUUAAUGAUGCAACCUGUCCUGUGCUAGAUAUCCAUGGAAAGAUUCAUAAAGUCGAGUAGGGUGAGAUGACAAGAGAAACCUAGAAUUUUGAAGUGUAUGUACAUUGUCAGGUAAUUUUUUGUUAUAUCCAGGGUAGUACAAUAUUUUCUAUCUGGACGCAAAAUUUGGUGACAAUGCAUUAUUGUUUGUCACUAAAUUUUAGUUUGAAAUUCUGGUUUUCAAAGGGCUUUGUUAUCUAUGGUAUCGUUUUUAUUCUUUCCACUACCUAGGUAAAGCAGAGAAUAGAUGGAAUAGAUUAUGCACUAAUAUAUUACAAUAGUACAAAUGCAUGAAUUAGUUCUAGAAUAUUGGCUACCACUACGCUUGAUGCAUACAGAAUUGAAAACUUAUCAGGUAAUUCCUAAUUUCUAUUCAGAACUCAUUGUGUCCAAAAGUAUUGGAAUGCAAUAUACAUUUAAUAUCCAUGAAAUUCAAUUCGUUCAAUGACAGAACGAAAAUAUCAUCAAUAUUGUCAUUAACUUGUAAUUCACACAAUACAACUUAUUAGAAGCUUAUUUUUUUUUAUUAUUUACUAAAAUAAUAAUUGUAUUUUCAAUCUGAUUCUUUCAUUCAUUUCAUCAUAUUUCGGCAACUUGUACCAACUUGGUGUUGUUACUGUUUUUUAUUAUAGAAAAUAGGGACUACGGCAACUAAAUGGUUUCAAUAUUGCAUUGUAAUUUUAUGUUUUUUUUUAUUCAACAAAGAAUGUUAAUGACAACAGAAAGAAACAAUAUCAAACAUAAUUAAGUGUUUCUACUUGAACAAUGAAUGAGUCCCACUUUCCAUGUGAAUACACUCCUUAACUUUAUGUAUUUUUGAUAUUACAUAACCCUGAAAAAAUACUAUUCAAAAUGAAAUCUUUGAAUCUAAAAAUUAUUAUUUCAAGUUAUUCAAUUCUACCUUAUAAAAAAAGUCUCUGUGGAUUUUCGGCAUAAAUCGCGUUUUUUUCUGAGGAACUGAAGAUGGGACUAUAUUUGUUGUUGAUGGAAUUACUUUUCGCCACGUAUGAGUCAUCCACUUGGCCUAGGCUCAUGAAUCUUCAUGUUUUUAUAGCCAAAAUUUUUUUUAUUCAUGGGCAUGGUAAUUGAAGUUGAAUGCCAUAGCAUUGGCAUAUGGCCCAUGAAUUCAUACCAAACUUGCAUAUUUGAAGUGACAUAUACUAGGUGGCCCACCUAAGACGAUCACCUUAAAUAUAAAAAACAAUGGGAAAUGGCGGGGACACGUCAUUGCAUAUUUUCUGGGGGCAUGGUCGAAACAUUUUCUCCUGGAGAUAACGAGAGAUGUUGAAAAGUUAUCUAGUGUGGAUCAUUUUAUGCAAACCCCUUUUUAUUGACAUGUCCAGUUUCUAGUGGAUUCAGUAGGUCAUUAUCAGCUCGUUACGUUUGUUUUUGUUUUUGGAAAUAAUACGAAGAUUUUUUUGUUUGAGAUCUGCAAUUUAACUCAUUAUUUUUUAAAAUUUGCAUCUUUGGUCUGAUUUCACCAAAUUUGCGUAUUUUACAAUACAGCCACAUAGAUAACAAAUACCCAAGAUUGAGAUCAAGAAGCGGGUACCCUCUAUAUUUAUACAGUGUGUCCCACUUACCAUGCUCACCAUGGGUAUCUUUUUAACGGUGAGAGAUACGAGGUCGGUUAAAUGACACCAAAUGUGGAGUUUGUCAAGGCCAACUUUAAUGUGAAAAAAUAUUUUGAUAAAAUCUAUUCGUUUUUGUUUUAUACGCAAAAAACAGAUUUUGAUCAUUUUCAUGUCUCCUCCGUAACUUCUUUAUUUAUGAAAAUAUUCAAAUAGGAAUUUCGCAUUCUCAUGGCAGUUUUUCAAAGUGAUUUCGAAAAAAAUAUGAAAUUUAUACCAACUCUUCUAGAAUUUGAGAUAUCAGCACCAACUUUAGUUUUUCAAAUGUAGGUCAUAGCUCACUAUGACUUAGUUACAAAUAACUUUUUUUCCUCUUUCA